AGGUUCCGUUCAACUCAGGCUUUAUGCUUCGGAAGUAGAUGCUUUGCUCUUUCAUGGAAAAUGAUCUCUUGGGCUUCAAGUUGUUUUUAAAUAGUUAUAAAAACUAUGUGAUAGUAUGUCUUAUAUACAAAGAUCCGCAAUACUUGUUUUCGAAUAGCCUGAGGAAACAGUUGUUCCUUCACAUCAUCCAUCACAACAAACCCCAACUCGGAUGGUUGUUAACACUCAACAACCAACCCCCCCCCAUCCACCGUGCUUAUCAAUAAUUCCAAUUGUAGUGGGAAUAGGUUCGUUUGAUGGAGGUUAUGAUGACCAUUCUUUUGUGCAUUCUCCUCCUCCCCUUCCUCCGAGUCAGUGGAGAAGAGAACAUCGCUCGCCCUGAGCAAGAGGGGAAUCCCCCAAUGGAACCAAUAUCAGAGAAUAGUGAAGCAGCCCCCCACUACUGCGAAGUAUCCGACUCUGUCAUUUCCGAGGGGGUGAAGGAGUACUUGGAAAGUGAGGGGCUCAGGGAGAUUCUCCUGGUCGACAAAAGUCCCUUCCCCGAUCUCUUCCCCCUCGCAAAAUGGCUCAACCCACAAACUGUUUGGAACAAUUUCCAGAGGCUGCCUCCAAAUAUCUGUUCCCUCGAGGAAGUCAAGUGGUUUCUACGCUACUGCGCCAACAGAGAAAGCAUUAUGGACCGGGUGCGCCACUACUGGACUCAACCCCAUGACUCGGCAAUCGUUGCAGAACGCAGAGCAAGUUUGCGGAAUCUGAUUUGGCUGGACAAGUUUGAAAAUGCCGUGCUUAUUUGGUGUCCCAGCAGUCCGAGGAACAGAUGCAGACACUUUUGUCGGGGGAUAAAUGCAACCAAGUUCAAUCAUGAUGGGGACCUGGAUCUGGGGAAGUUGGAGCGUGUUCUUGUCAAACUUGUGACCAAAAAUGGGCCACUGGCCCUCACGAAUUUGACACUCAGCCAGGAUCUACUCACUCGGAUUGCUGCCUUUGAAAAAGGGAAGGAUGACGUGAGAGACGUAAAACAAAGGUUGGAGAGACUUGAGGCACAAGUAAAAAAUAUUAGUGACAUCCUGACAUCGCUUCACCAUAAUGUUACAGAACUGCAGAGCGAGAGGAGAAAAUCGCCCCCCUCUGGGAGACCUCGGAGUUAUCCUACAGUCGAUCGUCAUAUUCGUCAUUAUCCCUCCCACUUAAUAAGGAAAUAAAAUUGAAAUCCCUGAAAAUAAAAUUGAAAAAAAA